UAUAAGAGUUGUCUUCGAUAAUGCAGCAGCAGGAGGACAUUCAAGCGCCCAGCUGCUAAAUGCCAGAGAGGUUGUAAGGAGAAGACUUGGUUUUCCCUUCAUAUUGUGUAGAGCUACAGAAUCAGCAGUGAUCUCUGAAACUGCUCCUAAUUCAGCCACCAUGGUGGCAAAGGAUUAUCCAUUUUAUUUCACAGCUAAGAGAGCAAACUGUGGCUUGGAACUACAGACAGCAAGCAUCUCAGCUCGAGAGCUAGAGGAGCCCAGUAACAAGCGGGUCAAGCCUCUUUCUAGAGUGACAUCACUAGCAAGUUUAAUUCCUCCUGUCCGAACGACUCCCUUGAAGCGAUUUGGUCAGACUCUCCAGCGUUCUAUCAGUUUUCGUAGUGACAGUAGAUCUGAUCUACUUGCAUCACGUCCCUGGAUGAGAAAUGUACCCUCUGCUAGCACCAAGCGACGAGACAGUAAACUCUGGAGUGAGACUUUUGAUGUCUGUGUCAAUCAGAUGCUCACAUCCAAAGAAAUUAAGCGCCAAGAGGCUAUAUUUGAACUUUCACAAGGAGAAGAAGACUUGAUAGAAGACUUAAAGUUAGCAAAGAAGGCUUACCAUGAUCCAAUGCUUAAGCUCUCCAUAAUGUCUGAACAAGAAUUAAACCAAAUUUUUGGAACACUAGAUUCUUUAAUUCCUCUUCAUGAAGAUCUUCUUAGGAGACUGAAAGAAAUCAGGAAGCCUGAUGGAUCUACAGAAUCAGUUGGUCACAUUCUUGUGAGCUGGCUGCCGUUCUUGAAUUCUUAUGAUAGCUAUUGCAGCAAUCAAGUAGCUGCUAAAGCUUUGCUGGACCAUAAGAAGCAGGAUCACAGAGUGCAGGACUUCCUACAGCGUUGCCUAGAAUCACCUUUCAGCCGCAAAUUAGAUUUAUGGAACUUCCUUGAUAUCCCACGAAGCCGUCUGGUGAAGUAUCCAUUGCUACUCAGAGAGAUUCUGAGGCACACACCAAAUGAUCAUCCAGAUCAACAGCACCUUGAAGAAGCUAUGAACAUUGUUCAAGGCAUAGUAGCAGAAAUCAAUAAAAAGACAGGAGAAUCUGAAUGCCAGUAUUACAAAGAGAGACUGAUAUAUCUUGACGACACCCAAAGGGACUCCCUGAUAGAUCAGUCACGUGUUGUGUGUUGUCAUGGUGAACUAAAAAACAACAGGGGAGCGAAACUUCAUGUUUUUCUCUUCCAAGAAGUGCUGGUAAUUACUAGGGCAAUUCUGCAUAAUGAACAGCUCUGCUACCAAAUGUAUCGACAGCCCAUCCCUGUGAAGGAUCUUAUGCUGGAAGACUUGCAAGACGGAGAGGUGCGAUUGGGUGGAUCCAUACGUGGUGCGUUCAGCAACAAUGAGAGAAUUAAAAACUUCUUUAGAAUCAGCUUCAAAAAUGGAUCGCAAAGCCAGUCCCACUCAUUGCAAGCGAAUGAUACCUUCAAUAAACAGCUGUGGCUCAACUCUAUCCGGCAAGCCAAAGAACUGGUUUUGUGUGCCUCAGGUGAGAGUGAAGUCCUUGGUUUGGAUGGAUCUGUCAUAGCAUCAAGUAGGAACAGCAUAUUCCAGCAAGAAUCCAAGUCUGAACAAAUGGACCAGUCAGACAGUGGAUCUAACUGUAGCAUGGACACCAGCGAAAUCAGCCUUGAGUGUGACCACAUGGAAGAGAGAGAUUCUUGGGAGAAUGAAAGAGAGUUGGAAAGCAAUGUCUGACAAAACCUUCAAGAGGCUUUCAGUGUCUUAUAUGUACGUAUUUGCAUUCCAUAUGUGGAGCAAGAAGCACUUUUUAAUAUUUUUGUGACUAUGUCAACUCAAUUGCUAUUAUAUUUGUACCCAUUGACCAUAAUACUGUAACUGCCAGUAUGUGUGAUUUGGAAUGUAUGGCAACUAUAGUCCUGUGAUAGUCUGUAAAUGUCUCAGUGGCUGAGACAGGUACUUGACCAAUUAUUUCACACGUCCUGUUGGUAGACAUGAUUUCUAAACUACUGUUUUUAGACAUAUUAUAUAGCAGGCAUCCCUGUUUAUAAAGUGCCCAUAUUUGAUGUGUCAUAUGGCAGCGGAACACAAGUUGUCUGGAUGGUAUUUUUAGAUUAUCAAAGUCAGGAAGUUGCAAAAGACAUGGUUUCAAAAAGCCUGAAGUUACAACUGAGUUACUUAUUACACAAUGAUUUGACUUGAAGUUCAUUACUUGCAUGUGUGAAUAAGCCAUCACAAAUGGAGUAUUAAGACAGUGGAAGCUGUUCAUAAAUAAUGAGGAGCGAAGUGAUGUCCAAACAUUUAUAAAGCAGUGCUGUAUCUUAGGACAAACUAAAAUAUUAAGUCAGUGGGAAUCUUAAAUACAGCUUGAUUUAAAUUUUAGGGUAAAACUUAAGAUACACAUGUUAACUUAACUUAUGGCCAAUGCAACAAAGUAGGUCUUUUCUAAGUGCAUGGAUGCAAGCUAAUUAAUCAUUUGAAAGAUGGUGCUUUGUUAGUACUGAAGAUCUAAAACUUUAUAUGAUUGUGCUCUGAAAUAAGCAGACCCAAUUUUAAUAAACAUUGGAAGGGCAUAGAAGCACCAAAAAUGCCAGUUGAAAUAUUCUACUUAAUUUGUUUAAACAGAAUUGUAUUGCUUUGUGUAGCCCUUUCUGUGGUAACAUAUCAGUUUGUAUAUAAAAUGGCCCUCUCACCUUACAUUGUUUUGGUUGGUUUUACUUUUUAAAAAUGAAAAUUAUAUUCAAAGACCUGUCCUGGGAAAAUCAGUUAAGUGAGCAGCAAACAAGCCUUCUCUCCCUCGGUUUCCAUGAUGGCUCAUAUCCCCUCACCUCCAUUGGCUAGUCUCGUUUGCAGGUGCCGAAGGAGAUGCCUGAGGGGGAGGGGCCACAAGCUCCACCACUUUUGUAAAUGUGCUGUGACUUCACAUGUACAGUACAUACAACAGGGGCGAAUCUUACAGCAUGACACAGCUUUUCCAUUUUGGCAAAAGCAUCAGAUCCUGUGGCCACCUGUGAGACUGGAUACUUUUUAUCAUGAGUUCUGUAUAAGAAUCUUGCUUAAUAUGCUUCUCAGCAUUAAGAUUCAGAACAUAUACAACGUGCUUCAGAUAUAUAAGAAACACUUACCAACCUUGCAAAAAUUGGGAAUAGGGAUCCCCACUAGAAAAUUUUAGAAAUGUCAGGUUUUUAAGAUAAUUCGCUUUCAUGUUUAUAGUUUGUUUUAUCAGGAUUUUAAACUGCUUAGCUAAUUAUGAUUAAAAUAAGCCAUGAUAGCAAAUUUAAAAGCAUGAUUCACAUUUUUUCUUCUAACAGACCUGCCAACAGAGCGUUGCCUUACUUAGCACCAAUCUGUAUGAUUCCAUUAUUCCCAGUUGUGAGAACUGUCUGUAGCACCCACUGUUAUUCUAGUGACUCAAAGGGUUCUGAUUAACAUCUCAGAAAAAUAUUCAGCCAUUCUUUACACUAUUAGGUUGAAGACUAUCACAGAUCAGUUUCGUCCAGCUAAAUUUGGGAAAAUCAAUAAACUGGUAAUUUGAGUAAAAAGUUAACUGAAAUUUUGAACAAAAAUAAAUUCAAUAUUUCACUGAUUUCUUAUAAAUGGGCCUAUAAUACACAGCCCAGUGCACUGAAAAUAUCAUUCAUACAAUUAUUUUCUGUAUGGUAGAGACUCCAACCUCAGUACAAACAGUAAUGUUGGCAAAAUGUAUACAUCAUACAAUUUAUGUUUACAGAAAAACUAGGGGAGUAAAUAAGGUGUCAGUUUUUAUUUUUACGUUUCACAAUCUGUUACAGAAGUCAUUAUGUUA